AUGAACCUCCUCACCACCCUCUACCUUCUCUUCCCCUUCACCCUCGCCCACCCAACCAACCCCCUAACCGCCGCCCUGGACAUCGCCCACGACGCCACCCAAUCCGCUGCCAAUAUCAUCUCCUCCACCCCCAAUAUCAUCACCUCCUCUGCGCCCUACGACCUCGUCUCCGACCUCUGCACCCCAACAGGCGCAAACUACUGCAACCUUGGAAUCGCCACGUACGCACCCAACGGCCGGGUCCAGCUGCGCGAGACCUACGUCUACGAUCGCUCCUGCAGGGGACUUGGAGCCCUUCCUCAGAGUCUCGAUACAGGCCACUGGUCUCUGCAUUCGUUGCUGCCGUGGACGGUGGAGGUUGAUGUUAAGGGCGGUGGGAACAAGCCGGAGGGCGAUGCUUGGUAUGCCGGACGGAAAAUCGAUUUGGGGAAGAAGAUGGCGUGUAAGAAUUGUGCGGGGGGCUUGAAGGAUUGGCAGUGUUGUAGGGUGGUGUUUGAUUGUCGGUAG